AUGGACGUUUGGUAUAGUCAUACAAGCGCACAGCUUGCUAAUGGCUCAUAUUAUGUGACUGUUUUCAUGCAUUUAUUGGGCACUCUGAAUCGAUGCGUUGCCAUCUUUUGGCCGUUUGUUUAUCAGCGAACUUUCAGCAGUCAUCGAACUAUCGCUUACAUUUUAGUCAUCUUCUUGAUGUAUGAAUGCGAGCUUAUAUUCAAAAAGGAAUUCUAUUCGUGGUGGUUUUCGAAUGCAAACUGUGGAACAUUCGAAAACUUCUACAUUGAUUUUAUUUUAACACUUGCUGUGGAAAUUUUGAUGAUUUUGAUCGAUGGUCUUGUGAUCAUUCGACUUCACCGAACUCGUAAAGUAACUCAUUCACUCUUUAGUUGCUCAUUGUUCUCAAUUUCUUCACAGAAAUUUCAAACCUUAACUGUGUAUUUGUUGAGUAGAAUUUGCGAUGCGGAUAAGAGCAUCGCAGAACCAUCAAAAACCAUAAAUGUUCAUGAUUUUAACUGUUCUGAACAGUACGUUUUCUGGAAAUGA